UAAAUAGACUAAACUAACAACAAAAUUGCAUGAUUCAGUUUUUAAAAUUUGAGAUGCCUCGUUUCUCUCGAGGAUACAAUACUAUUCUAUACAACUAUAUAUUACAAGUUUAUCCAACUAUAUAUUACAAGUUUAUUACAACUAUAAAUCUAAAUUCCAAGACUAAAAAUAUUGUUAGUAAAAAUGGAGCACAAAUCAUAUCCUACACCUCAUGUGUUAAUCUUUCCAAUCCCAUUACAAGGCCAUAUAACCCCAAUGCUAAACUUGGCAGAAAUUUUAUGCCUAGCAAAUCUUAAGGUAACCUUCCUAAACACAACCUACAACCAAAAACGACUUACCAAGCACACUGACAUCGAAGCUCGUUUUGGGCGCUAUCCCGGGUUUACCUUUAAGACGGUACCUGAUGGGCUUCCCGAUGACCACCCACGUUCUGGUGAUAAAACCUGGUUUAGAGAAAUGCACGCGGCAUUAGCAUCAAGUGUUAAGCCCCUUUUGAAGGACAUUUUUGUAGGAAAAGAUGAAGUUUCAUGUUUAAUAUUAGAUGGAUGGAUGAGCUAUGCUAAUGAUGUAGCUAAUGAGGUUAAGUUACCGGUGAUUACAUUUAUGAUUCCUGGUGCAAGCUUCAUUUGGACUCUUCAAUGUUUACCAAAGCUAAUUGAAGCAGCGGAAUUACCCUUCAAAGAUGAAGAUAUGGAUGAGCUAGUAAAGAAUGCACCUGGGAUGGAUAGCUUCCUCCGGUACCGUGACCUUCCCUGCUGCUUCCGAGACAAAGACAUAUCUGUUUUACGCACGCUUCAAGACUAUUUCAACGGCGAGAUAAAAAAAAUCAAGCAAGCUCACACCUUUAUUCUCAACACAUUUGAGGAUCUGGAGGGUCCAAUACUCUCUCUCAUUUGUGAGCACUGUAGAGAUGUUUACGCCAUAGGUCCACUACAUGCUCACUUAAAAUACAGGCUCAACCGAAAAGAUACAACACUGUCCAACACCUCCUCUAGCGACUUGUGGGAAGUUGAUCGAAGUUGCAUUUCAUGGUUGGACCAAAAGCCUGACAAAUCCGUUGUCUAUGCAAGUUUUGGUACCAUUACUACCUUCACAAAGGACCAGCUGAUGGAAUUUUGGGCAGGACUAGUGCAGAGUAACAAGUACUUCCUAUGGGUCGUAAAGUCCGAUAUCAUUACAGGAAGUGGUUCAGAUAGUCCAGCUCACGAUGACCUUGUGCAAGGAACCAAGGAGAGAGGAUACAUAGUGAGCUGGGCACCACAGGACGAAGUAUUGGCUCACCGUGCUGUUGGUGGGUUCUUCACCCAUAGUGGAAGGGGAUCGGUGUUGGAAAGCAUAGUGGCUGGGGUGCCAAUGCUUUGUUGGCCUUACUUUGCUGAUCAUCUGGUGGACAGCAGAUUCAUCACUGAAGUCUGGAAAAUUGGCCUCGAUAUGAAGGAUACAUGUGAUAGAAAAAUAGUGGAGAACAUGAUCAAAGAUCUUAUGGAGAGAAAGAAGGACGAGCUGAGAAUGUCAGUGUCUAAACUCUCACAUUUAGCAAAGAAGAGCAUAAGUGAGGGGGGGUCUUCAUAUUCAAAUCUUGACCAGUUAAUCGAGAAAAUAAAAGGGAUGACCAAGAAAGAGGAGCAUUAGAUAUCUCCCCCCAAUGAAGAACAUACAGGUGAAUGAACUAGAAAUUGUACCGAAGUGGAUUUGAGUAUCUUUGGCCAAGUUACAAAUUAAACAAUAUUUCAAGCUAUUUAUAAGUUACUAUCUCUAGCUAGUUAUAUUGGAUGUAGGGAUAUGUUGAUGUAAAGGAGUAUGGUGGUAACUGAUGUUUUCUGUUCUUAAUUUCUUGAAUUAAUUUGGUAGGAGUUCUACACGGUCUUGUUAAUCCAUUAAGGAUUAGAUUUUACGUGUAGAAAGAAUAAGUACUCCGUAGGUUGUUAUUGUUAGAACUCAUGGUCUGUAGGUCUGUUAAGAGUUUAAUUUCUAUGUAAUUUAGGAUUCUUUGCAGAAAUUUUUUUUACUUUUC